CGCCAUUAGACUGGCUCAGCAACACAGACUCACAGAGGCGGAAAUAUUAUUUUCUCUCCUCUUUUUUUUUUUUUUUUUUUUUACUCGCUCACUCGGGGAGUUUCACCCCGCCGCCUCUCCCCCUCUUCUUUCCAAUUUCAUACCACCCGAAUAUAGAUAUCUAAUGUGAGGCAAUCAGGAGACGCGCGCUCGGUUUUACUUUCUUUGCUGAAGUUGAAGAAGGAGACCUCCUCCUCUCCACCAUGGCGGCUGGCGGCAGUACAGCUCACAGAACAUACUCCUUCAAGGUGGUGUUGUUAGGGGAAGGCUGCGUGGGAAAGACCUCACUGGUCCUGCGUUAUUGUGAAAACAAGUUCAACGACAAACACAUCACGACCCUCCAGGCUUCGUUCCUUACAAAGAAGCUCAACAUCACAGGGAAGAGAGUCAAUCUGGCUAUCUGGGACACAGCCGGACAGGAACGGUUUCACGCUCUCGGCCCGAUCUACUACAGAGACUCCAACGGAGCCAUUUUAGUCUACGACAUCACCGAUGAAGACUCCUUCCAGAAGGUGAAAAACUGGGUGAAAGAGUUGAGGAAAAUGUUGGGAAACGAAAUCUGUUUAUGUAUAGUAGGUAAUAAAAUUGAUCUGGAAAAAGAGAGACAUGUUUCAGUGGAAGAGGCCGAGGCGUACGCAGAGUCAGUUGGGGCAAAACACUAUCACACAUCAGCUAAAUUAAACAAAGGAAUCGAAGAGCUGUUCCUCGACCUGUGUAAAAGAAUGAUGGAGACCGCGCAGGUGGAGGAGAGAUCUAAGGGGAACGGGACGAGCCACAUAAGCACAGGACGAAGAGGCGUUCAGAUCAUCGAUGAUGAACCACAAGCCGCUACUGCAGCUGGAGGGUGCUGUUCAUCAGGCUAGGACUCCACCCCCUCGCUCUCUCUCUCUCUCUCUCUCUAGCUCUGUAACACUGAUGGCUGCAGCAGUGAUUUGUUUUGCUGUUGACUGCAAAAUUGAAAUACAGCAUCUAAUGGAUCUCAUCAGUUACUUGUUAACUGUGGUAACCUGAUCUCUCUCGCUCUGUCUCUCUCUCUGUCUCUCUCUCUCUGUCUCUCUCUCUUAGUCUGUCUCUCUCUCUCUCUCUCUGUCUCUCUCUCUUAGUCUGUCUCUCUCUCUCUCUCUCUCUCACAUACACA